UUUAUCUUCUUUACCAGGAGAGGAAGGCUAGAAAAGACCAGGAAGACUCGUGUUGGAACAAUUUACCUACACACAUACCUGAGUUGUUCAUGAUGGAGUCUGCUGUUGCUGUACUGGUGUCCCAGUUCAAGGCGUAUGCUGGCAGUGAUGGUUCCUCUGACACACUGAGCAGAGACGAGUUCCACAGACUGGUCACGUCGGAGCUCCCCAACAUGGUCAAGAAUGCUGGUGACCCUGCUGUUGUUGACCAACUUAUGAGCUCAUUGGACAAGGACAAUGAUGGAGAGCUCAGCUUCCUGGAGUUCUGGCAGCUGAUUGGACAUCUUGCGAGCAAGCAUGGGGGGUUCAGCCAAUAGAGUGCCCCCAGAUACUCUGUAACAGUUCCACGUGUGUUAACUGAUUUGCAGUCAUACAGUUACGAGAAAAAAAUGGGAAAUCAGCCAAAUGGAAAACACCCUAAAGUUUGUUUCAACUGCACACUGUGUUUUUAUCAGUGGUCUGCUUUUCUUUUCACCCUGUUCUCUCAGCAGCUGCUGCCAAACUGGCACACACACUGUCACAGAAUACUAUUGAAAGAUUUCAGCAGUUUUAAAACCAGCCCAGUCUGUUUCAUACCCCCCCCCCCACACACACACACACACACACACACAUACACACACUCACACACAUACACACACUCACAGCUGCUUGUGCUUACAGGUCUGUGAGGGUGUUGUAGAAUGGGAAUGCAUUGUCUGAAAGCUGAGAAUGUGUGUAUAAGCAUUAUGUGUUCUUGGCUUGUCUGACUCUUGGAAACAGGCCUCUUGGUGUUUGUCAUCUCUCUCCAGGACACAAACAGAGGUGUGGUGUUGGCAGAACAAAAUUUGCUUUAGUAAGGCUGGAAAUAAAGUGUAAAUGAAAUGUAAA